AGUUGCCUGGUCACUCAAAUUUUUUCAAACAUGGCGCUGGCUAGUGUGUUGAGCAGUGAUUGUGCGGAUUUUUCAUUCGAUAAUUCUCGACAGUUUGGUUUUGGCUGUGGACUCAAACAUAAUGCUGUGAGAGAAGAAGCUGCACCAGGAGAUUUUCUGAAUUUGUCUUUUAAUGCUCCGCUUUCUGCUCCUGACGCAGAAGGCGUCGAGAAGGCAAUCGAGUUUCUCCAUGGAACCACCACUUUAGCAUUUAAAUUCAAAGAGGGUGUUAUUGUUGCAGUGGACUCGAGGGCCACAGCGGGCUCAUAUAUCGCCUCCCAAACAGUGAAGAAGGUGAUUGAGAUCAAUCCAUACCUAUUGGGCACCAUGGCCGGCGGAGCUGCUGACUGUAGCUUCUGGGAGCGCCUGCUGGCUCGUCAGUGCCGUAUCUAUGAGCUCAGGAACAAGGAGCGCAUCUCAGUGGCAGCAGCCUCCAAGCUGCUUGCUAACAUGGUGUACCAGUACAAGGGCAUGGGACUCAGCAUGGGAACCAUGGUGUGUGGCUGGGACAAGCGAGGCCCAGGGUUGUACUAUGUGGACUCUGAGGGAAACCGGGUGUGUGGCGACCUGUUUGCAGUCGGCUCGGGCUCCAUGUAUGCCUACGGCGUGUUGGACAGCGGCUUGAAGCAUGAGAUGUCUGUGGAGGAGGCCGUCGAGCUGGGUUGCCUCGCCAUCUACCAGGCUGCCUGCCGCGAUGCUUACAGCGGAGGGCAGGUCAACUUGUACCACGUCUACAGCGAGGGCUGGACCAAGAUGGGCCAAUUUGACAUGCUGACGCUGCAUGAACAGUACACCAAGGGAGACAAAUCGCACUGAGCAGAGCGGCGACAAAGUGGGGAAACAGUCGUUUGGCUUGGAAUUUAUUCUGCUGUUAAAAGUUCAUGUCCUGAAAUGUUAGUAAAUUGAGAGGACUCAUUUCAAGUCGCACAUCUGUCACGACUCAGUUUGACUUGUUGCUAGGGGGGACUCCGAUCUGCAUACACGUGAUUUGGAACAUACCCUGAAAAGAAAUUAAAAUAAAGUAAUCCUUCUUUCGA